AUGCAUGUUUUUUCUGCUUUCUCACCAGACUUUCUGGGUCAGAAUUCUCUUCAAGAUUCAUUCUGGUCACUCUGGGCCCAAGCAGUGUCAGAUUGCUGUUGGGCUGGAGCUGAGGGCAAGACUGUCAAGAUUGAGUUACUCUUGAAAGAUUCAUGCUCUGGAUCUGCUGUCUCUCUGUCUCAACAAGAAUCUGAAUAUGAAACACAAGCUGGAAUUAGUCUGAAGAUGGCAGCUCAGCUCACUGGAAUGCACACCAGCAGCCAGCAAAAAGACUUCUGGGUUGAAAGAUAUUGCUGCAGGAACAGAAUAUUGACUCUGUUCAAUGGCAAGCCAGGCAUCAAGAUUACUGGGGACUGA